UGUCAAACGCAAUCACACACUUGACAACCUCAGGAAUGUAGACAAUCCCUAGCGCUUGUGAAAUUGUUUAUCAGAGAUGCCUCCUAGAAGGAAAACAAUCGGAAGUUCCGAUGACCAGGACAUGGACGACGAUGAUUAUCGGAAAAAGCGUGAAAGGAAUAACAGGGCAGUGAAACUUUGCCGUGAGAAAUCCAGCAAAAAGGCCCAGGAAACUCGAGUGCGAGUGGAUAAGCUAAAAGAGGAGAACAUUCAACUCGAGGAGAAAAUCAGGAAUUUGAAAAAACACGUCGAGAUGCUGAAGGGUCUGCUGUUGCAAUCUGACGAUUCCGAGGCUCGCAAAGAAGCAAUAAGAAAAGUGAUCGAAAGCACCGAUGACGAUUGAUUUGGAGUAGAUUAGGGGUCGUUGACACUAGUGAGUAAGCUUAGUUUAGGGAAAUAAUUGUAAAUAAAACACCAUUUUAUUAAAACACUA